AUGACCGGCUCCAAGAUUGAUGGCACUGCCAUCGCCAAGGAGAUCAGGGAGAAGCUGAAGACGGAGAUUACAACUUUGCAGUCUUCAAACCCUAGGUUCAAGCCCAAUCUGGUUAUAUACCAAGUCGGCGACAGAUCUGACUCCAGCACAUAUGUGCGAAUGAAAUUAAAAGCUGCCGAAGAGGCAAAUAUUGUUUGCAGCAUCACCAAAUUCCCAGAGACCAUCACAGAGGCAGAGCUUCUGUUUGAAAUUGAGAAAUCCAACAAUGAUCCGGCUGUCCAUGGUAUUCUGGUUCAGCUCCCUCUUCCAAGUCACAUUUCCGAGCACGCAAUCACGUCGGCCGUUGCCGAUGAAAAGGAUGUAGAUGGUUUCGGUGCUAUCAACAUCGGCGAGCUCGCCAAGCGCGGCGGUCGCCCUCUCUUUGUGCCUUGCACGCCUCAAGGUGUUAUGGAACUGCUUCGAGUGAGCGGCGUGGAUCCUGCUGGCAAGGAUGCUGUUGUAUUGGGCCGUAGCGACAUCGUUGGCCGCCCUGUCAGCUACCUGCUCAAGACCGCCGAUGCCACGGUGACAGUGUGCCACUCGAAGACCAAGAAUCUGACUGAGAUCCUCAAGCGAGCAGAUAUUGUCGUUGCUGCCAUUGGACAGCCCGAGUUUAUUAAAGGUGAUCAGCUCAAGCCUGGCGCUGUGGUUAUCGAUGUUGGUACCAACUACAUUCCGGAUGAAUCUAAGAAGUCUGGCCAAAGACUAGUCGGCGAUGUUCACUUCGACUCUGCUAUUGAGGUUGCGUCUCAGAUUACUCCCGUUCCCGGCGGUGUUGGCCCUAUGACUGUUGCUAUGCUUCUUCAGAACGUUGUCAACUCGGCCAAGGCAUAUUUCGAAAAGCAGAAGGAUCGUCAUAUCAUUCCUCUGCCAAUCAAACUGACUACUCCGGUUCCAUCAGAUAUUGCUAUUUCCCGUGCACAGCACCCGAAGCCUAUCACCAAAAUCGCUGCUGAGAUUGGCAUUGCUGCGCACGAAUUAGAGCCAUAUGGCCACACCAAGGCCAAAGUUAGUUUGUCGGUUUUAGACCGUCUGUCCCACCGUCGUAACGGUCGAUAUGUUUUGGUUACCGGUAUCACGCCUACACCUCUUGGUGAAGGCAAGUCAACUACAACCGUGGGGUUGACUCAGGCCCUAGGAGCUCAUCUCAACAGAAUCGUCUUUGCCAACGUCAGACAACCUAGUCAGGGACCGACAUUCGGUAUCAAAGGAGGUGCCGCUGGUGGUGGCUACAGUCAGGUCAUUCCUAUGGAUGAGUUCAACCUUCAUUUGACUGGCGAUAUCCAUGCUAUCACCGCCGCGAACAACCUUUUGGCCGCCGCUAUUGAUACCCGUAUGUUCCACGAGGCCACACAAAAGGACGGUGCGCUUUACAAACGUUUGGUUCCUGCCAAGAAGGGCAAGCGUGAGUUCAAACCCAUCAUGUUCCGCCGAUUAAACAAACUGGGAAUUACCAAGACCAACCCGGACGAUUUGACCGAAGACGAGAUUCAUCGAUUUGCUCGCUUGGAUAUCGACCCUGAGACUAUCACAUGGCGUCGCGUUCUUGAUGUCAAUGACCGACACCUCCGUGGAGUUACUAUUGGCCAGGCCCCAACAGAAAAAGGUUUGACCCGGCAGACUGGAUUUGAUAUCUCGGUGGCCAGUGAGUGUAUGGCCAUCUUGGCUCUCAGCAGUGACUUGGCAGACAUGCGGGAACGGCUCGGAAGGAUGGUGGUUGCGACAUCGAAGAAUGGCGACCCAGUGACUUGCGAUGACAUUGGUGUCGGAGGCGCUCUAGCUGCUCUGAUGAGGGAUGCUAUCAAGCCCAACCUGAUGCAAAGCUUGGAAGGUACACCGGUGUUUGUUCACGCGGGUCCUUUUGCCAACAUCAGUAUCGGCGCCAACUCGGUUGUUGCCGAUAAACUUGCCUUGAAGUUGGCUGGUACCGAGCCUGACGAAGAUCACAAUGAUAAGACCGGAUUUGUGGUCACAGAAGCUGGCUUCGAUUUCACCAUGGGAGGAGAGCGUUUUUUCAAUAUCAAGUGCCGAUCCUCUGGCCUUGUCCCUGACGUAGUCAUUGUUGUUGCCACCGUCCGCGCGCUGAAGGUGCAUGGCGGUGGUCCUGAGAUCUCGCCUGGCGCUGCUCUGCCAGAGGUAUACAGGACGGAGAACGUUGACAUUCUCAGGAAGGGUUGCAUCAACCUGCGCAAGCACAUCCAAAACGCCCGACAGUACGGUAUCCCCGUCGUGGUUGCCAUCAACAAAUUCGAAACCGACACCGAUGCUGAAAUUGCAGUCAUCCGCGAAGAAGCUAUCGCAGCCGGCGCCGAAGACGCCGUUCCAGCCAACCACUGGGCUGAAGGUGGUGCAGGAGCUGUCGACCUCGCCAAGAGCGUCAUCACGGCUAGCUCACAGCCCAAGGACUUCAAGCUGCUCUACGGACUGGAAGGCACAGUCCAGGAACGCAUCGACCGUAUCGCCACGGUCAUGUACGGGGCCGACAAAGUCGAGUUCAGCGAGCUGGCGCAGAAAAAGGUCGAUACCUACACCAAACAAGGCUACGGGAACCUACCUAUCUGUGUAGCCAAGACUCAAUACUCCCUUUCGCAUGACCCUUCUCUGAAGGGUGCGCCAACUGGAUUCACGGUGCCGAUCCGCGACGUGAGACUUUCUGCUGGUGCAGGAUACUUGUACGCGCUUGCAGCUGACAUCCAGACCAUCCCCGGUCUGCCCACGGCGCCGGGCUACCUGAAUGUCGACGUCGACCCGGUGACGGGCGAGAUCGACGGGCUGUUUUAA